CUGGUUGAUGACGCGACCCUUGGCGUCGUCAUCAUCGUCCAGUACUGCGUCAUCAGCAGUGUCAUAAAUGUCUGCGGAAUGGUCACCAACUUUAUCAACAUCGCCGUGUUCAUCAAGAUGGGGUUCGCCGAGGUGAUCAACAUCAGUCUCUUGAGCCUGUCGGUGGCCGACCUCGGCAGCCUCGUCGCUCUGCAGUUCUUCAACAUCUGCAUCAGUCCCUGGAUGCAGACGGCCGACAUCCCAUUCGAAGCUUUCGAGGUGGCCUACCUGGCCGGAGGGUGGCCCCGGAUGUACACGGUGCGCGUCGUUGCCUGGGUAACGGCUUUCAUCACCUUCGAGAGAUGUCUGUGCAUCGCCAUGCCUUUAAAGGUGAAGCUUAUUCUAACCCCGAUUAGAACCGUCUACAUCCUCAUUUUCAUCUUUGUCUUCAUCGCCGCCGCUCUCUCCGCGAGCUUCAUAACGACGACGCUUGUCUGGAAGUUCUUCCCGGGUAAAAAUAAGACGCUCGUGGGGAUAGGCGUCACUGCCAACCGGAAGGAAGUCGACAGUAUUGCAUUUGUCGUUAAUGACAUCUUCCUCCCCAUAUCCGCGUAUGUGUCGGUCGUCGUAUGCACCGUCGUUCUAACGGUGAAGCUCAGCUCAAAAGCAAAAUGGCGUCAACAGUCUACGACCAAGUCAGAUCACGUGACCGGAAAGGAGAAGCAGGUCAUGAAACUCGUUAACGUCAUAUCCGGUCUGUUCAUCGCCUCUUAUUUUCCCAACGCGGUUGUCUUCUUCUGGAUGGCGCGCGAGCCAGAGUUCAACAUAGACGGGAAAUAUCGGAAUAUCUUCAUGGUCUGUUUCUCUUAUUGCUUCAUAGCCGAGUCCCUCAACUCGUGUGUCAACAUCGUGGUCUAUUAUAAGAUGAGUUCAAAGUUCAAGUCUGUUUUCAACACAAUGUUCCGCCUCGACCCAUCAUAG